UGCGAAACUCCUACGAAGAAGAAACGCAGGACGAUGCAGGAACUUCAGCGUCGCUUCGAGCAGGACUGAACCGAGCCGAUCACAUCCGAACCAUUCAAAUGACGACCUAAUUGCAAUUUUAAAGAGGUUGAUACGGUAAAAUAUCAACCAUGUUCACCGUGGUUCCCCUCUUCCUGCUGUUUGGGUGCCUUCAGUUCGGCGCUGCUGAAGCAGAGCCGAACCCUCCUCACAACCUCGACAUGAUCACCUUAAACACCAACUACACUCUGACCUGGGACUGGGACCAGAGCUCUGUAGGAUCUGACCCGGUCACCUUCACUGUACAAUAUACCGGGAAUCACCAGCUGAAGAAGAAGACUCCAAGGUGGAACACAGCAUGUAGGGAGACAACUGGAAGGUCAUGUGACCUUACUGGGUUCAAUCUGCACUACCUGGGCCUUUAUAUGCUCCGAGUUCAGGCCAACGUGAACGGAAGUCUCUCUGUGUGGGAAUAUAAACAGUUCUGUCCUGAUAAAGAAGCUGCCAUUGGACCUCCAUCCAAAGUUCGGCUUUCUGCUGCUGUAGGUGCUCUGGAUAUCGUCAUCACCGACCCUCAGACCAGCUCCAACAGCUCCAUGAGGGAGCAUCUUCUUAAGCUGUCCUUCCAGAUUCAUUACUGGGAGCAGUCUGAAGAUGGGAAGGUUUUGAACCGUAACACACUCAUCACCGAAAGCAACAUGCCGACCCUGUCCAACCUCACGCCCUGGACCCAGUACUGCGUGCGCGUCCAGUCCCACUGCGAGUACUACAACAAGACCAGCAGCUUCACCCCGCCUCAGUGUAUUCAGACCGAAGGAGUUGUGCCUUGGUGGAAGAUCUUCCUGUACUUCCUUAGCUCCCUGCUGCUCUUCUUCCUGGUGGUGCUGGUCUUCCUUUAUGGUGGUCAUCAGUGCUUCCAGUUCUGCAAAGCAACAUUGUUUCCUGGCGAGAAGCUACCCUCGCCCUUAAAACACCAUGAAAUUGACUACCCAUGCCUCCUUGUCUCCGACUCCGAGUUGGAUCUGUGCGAUCCUGUGAUCAUCUGCGCAGAGUCAGCCAUCCUGGAGAAUAACGUCGAUCCAGCUGCGGACUCCGCUGGGCCCCCAGUCGGACUGGGGCAGGACAGCAGCGGCAGACACAGUCGCCAGAACAGCAGCAGCAGCGGAGAUUCAGGAGUUUAUUCUGCUGGUGGAAACUCCGGCGCCCUGCAGCACAACAUCGCUUCAACAUUCCCAGAUGUGAAGCGUCACUUUGACUCCGAGCAGCUGAAGAUGCUGAGCAUGAAGUCAGACUUUAAAGUUUGCCCAGUGAUCCCCGACGAGGGAGUUGUAGACAUGGAGGUGUAAAGGAAGAGGUGGUGCGUUUCCCACCUGUAGAGGGAGCUAUUGGCUGUGUUAUCAACACAGAAGCCAGAAUCAGAGUGACACAGAACUGGAAACAUCUGACUGGUGACACUCGCUGGUCUCUGGAAGCUUCAGAAGGUCCUCGUUUGGAUCGGAUCACCGUUUGACAGGAAGGACUGUUGAUGCUGCUGUCUUGAGCUGUUUAUUGUGAACCAUCUGUGUGUGUGUGGGGGGGGGGGGGGGGGUCUUUUUUAUCAUUAUGCUGUAAAAAGUUACUGUUGGUGUUCUGCAGCACUUAUUAAUUAGCAUUAAUUAGGAAUAUUAAGUUGAUUAACGAAGAGUUUUUGCAGGUAGGAUUUAAAUGAUCUAAUGAAUCAAACUGGCUUACAAAGUUAUGCCAGAUUAUUCCUGCGUGAGCUGCUUCUGUCAUUUCUAAUAAACCAAUCCUUGUGUCUGUUUAACAGAA